GAUAUUUUUCGCAAGGAAAAAUUCACACACUCAUUUUUUGAAAUACAAAUAGGAAACGAUAUUUAUGCAAAAGAAAGGCUUAUCAAAGAAAGUUUGUUUUAUUUAUGCAAAUUUGUUAUAUUAGUGACGUCAUCAAGAUUCCUUACCCUUUUCUGGCGAGUCUCUUUAGAACUUGCUUGAAACGUGCACAAACAACACACACAGCCAACACUCACGCACUUUGCACGGACUCACGACGGGAAAGGCCGUGCUGCGGGACGUGGUGUCGGGCAAGAUACCUAUAAGAAACCAUUUUGAUACCUAUAAGGAUAUAGAUACCUAUAAGGUGUUGGCGGCAGGGUAUAUAGAACAGUUGGCGGAGAGAUCUCCAUAUACCGUGGCGGAGAGUCUCGAUGUUAUUUUUGCAGUUUUUCUAUUCUAGGCCUGAAGAGAUGGGUUGGCACUUGAAGAAGUGUUCUGCACAGCUGGUGCUGCACCUCAUCAUUGGAAUCUGCUUGGUGCUGGUCCAUAUCUUCCAAUCAUGUGUGCUCAACUACUACAUUAUCUCACAGGCCAAAGACUCUCUCAAGGCCUACUUUUGGUUUGCAGCAGACUUUGUCAUCCUUUUUCUGUUCAUUGGCUCCCUGGCGAUCGCGCACCGGUACCUGCACUAUAAGCGCCGCGACCGCGCCGGCCAGUUCCCGUACUCACCAAAACGGCUGAUCCCGCACUACCCGCGGUCCAAGCUGGGCAUCCUGCCGCUGAGCUACGUGUCGUGGGUCGUGUACGCCACGGUGGUGGUGGCCAAAGUGGUGGUGAUCUUCACCUCGGAGAUCCCCAACACGCUGCAGCCGACCGACCGGUGGGGGCCGCAGCUGCUCAAGAUCGCCAUCGCCUCGUCGGGCGCCGUGUUCAUGCUGCUCGUGGAGGGCCACCACGACGCCGAGCCGACCUCUGCGCGCAACACCUACAUCCGCCUGCUGUGCGGCUCCACCGCCUACGAGAUCAUGGACUCGGUGCAGUUCCUCAGCCUGCUGAUCCUCUCCGACAGCCACAUCGUGAUGACCUUCACCCUGGAGAACACGGUGCUGGCGCUCUCCGCCGUCAACUUCAUACUGCCGACGCUGACGCUGUACAAGCUGAGCCUCACGGACUUUGGCCUAGAAACCGGAUCGCCAUUCGUCAUGCUAGUCUACAAGCUGCUGCACCUGUUCCUCAUCAACGGUUCCUACAUGGUGAUCCGCAUCAAGCUCUGGGUGUCCCUCGGCGGCGACAUCUCGCUGUUCCUCAUGAAGAACAUCCUGGGCAUCUGCACAACACUCUACUCGCUGUACCCGAAUCUGGUCCAGCUGUACGAGACGUGCCGGCCGCCGCCGCCGCAGAAGCCCGACGAUCUCGAGCUGGAUGAUGUUCAGAGCGAGGCUCUGCGCCGUCCGGCCGCGGACGGCGAGCCGGCGCCGCUCUGAGCCCGGCCGGCGCCGGACCGACGCGGCGCCCCGGCCGGUCCGGCAGACGGAGUGCCGUGGUCAGCGCGCGGAGUGUGAGUCGCACGCGCCGCUGGGACCCGGAGACCGGCAGGGUGGAGAGGGCGUGACAAACUGGAGUGGAACAUCGGAGAGGAGGCUCGGUAAAUCAAGUAGUCUCUGGCAGAGUCCGUGUGGAGUUCUACGGGCAGUGGAAUGUGAACUGAGGAUGUGCUCUUUUACGGCACACAGCUGCCAAGGUGAUGGACGCUGUGUGGGCUGCUCACCAAACGUGGUCAUAUUACAACACUGGCCGAAAUGAGACUGUCACAAAGCGCAUGGAAAACAUUAGGAGAAAUGUUCUAGGUGGAAAUCAGCUUUGCCGCUGCGAGAUGUCUUGCCCUUUGUGAGCUGUGCUUGGACUGAUACCCGCCCUGGCUUGGCCCCACCUCGGCACAACCGUGGCGGGCUGGUCUAGUCUGCAGAAUUCAGACGCUGGUCUGAGUGGACUGAAACGGCAUGCCGGUGCCCAUUGCGAGCGAUGCGCCCAGCGACCAGGCCAGUUCUUCGGCUGGGCGAGUAGUGAAUAUGGGCGUUGUGUGAACUAGUGGGUAGUUAGUUGGUAAGGCGGCGUCCGACGUCGUGUAAGAGGAUGGGUAGCACAGGGUUCUGCGCGCUGGUGCUCGGCUGCCACGCUCGUUGUUACGGAGUUAGACCUUGUACCGGCCGAACUCGUACCUACGUAGGUAGUUUCUGUUAGUCACUCACCGUCUCUGUCGCACACGAUUGUUGCGAAACUCGAGCGGGCCUGGCGGGCUACGCCGUGAUUCACCGCAGUUGUGGAUAGCAGAUUCUGUAAGUCAGUCACCUGAUCUCUUAUGGGCACAGUAUGCAUAAUGAGCCAGUCUCACCUGAGAACAUGCCACAACUCACAACAAACUACUAUUUUAGGGUUUCUGUAAAGUUUUGUCUGCUGUCUGGUCCUGGGCCAAUAUUGGAGAGCUUUUCGAAGGUCACUGUUUCAGACCGUUGCCAUUCACCUCUGCGGCUUAGCUGAGGCUCAGCCCUGCUCACAGUUCGCGUCUUUUGCCUGGGCUUUCAUAUGCAUACUACAAAAUGUGAUGACGCUUAUGAACCGUUUUACGUGGACACUACAGCCGUGAAGGCGUUAGUUUGCUCUGGCUCUUUGGCGGCAAAGGUCGUCCUAGGCUAGGACGCGUCCAAACGGUGUGUUAGUUCCAUUUCAAGUUCCGUGAUUGGCAUGGUUUCAAACCGCUGUAGUAUAGUUCAGGUUUUAUGGCAUUUGUGUGAAUGAUUAGGGGACAUUUACAUACCUCUGUAUUACUGUGAAUGUUGCACUCUUCAAUCACACCGACUUUGUUGUGAAACUUCAAAUUGCGUAUUUUCGGCGUGAACCGCUUCGCGUAUUGUUUCUGGAUUGCCUGUCUAGACGGAGAUUUAAUUACUCACUACUCAGCACAUAUUGCUUACACUGUGCCUAUUUUCUUUCACCAUUUCUGGUGUCUGAUUUUAAAAUUUGGAGCAAUUAUUAUGCUGUCUACCGUUUCCGUCUGUGUAAUUAUUCAAGUUUGUCUUCAGUCUUAUAUCGGUCGGCGUCGCCUGUUUGUCACGUGUUAUCUGUUACUCAUCUGUAGUGAAGUGUGAUGUAUAGAUAACUGGUCGCGCAUUAGCUUCAGAAACAAGGGACGGCGGUUAGCUUCAGUAGGUUAGCAGGGUAUGUGCGGGAUGCGCUCGCCGUUUCCAUGUAACGGUGCUACGUCAAGUGUGAGCGUUUUGGUAGACGGUCCUCUCCUCUAGUCUUUUUUGGCUUUCUGAUGUCGAAUCUCUUGGCUACAUGUUUUCCCUUAUUGAUAUUUUGGUGUGAUAUUUGUGCUAUGUGGUCUUUAUUGGUAUGCAUUCAUCUAUUCCUUCCGUUGUAUAUCAGGAUUGUUGCAUUGAUUUGAAGUCUGUUUGUCCAAUGUGGCGUGAGGCGCUAGUGAGUCAUAUUCUACGGUGGCUCAUGUCUUUGUCGUUUUUACUUCGGUUAGUUCUGAUUCAUGCCCUAAAAUGGAUUCGUUUUUAUCGAUAUCAUAAAAAGACCAUUAGGUGUUGUGCGCACUGAGUCAGGACCUGGCUUUCAUUUUACCCUCGGCUCACCAAAGACGGCCUGCGAGCCGUAUCGCCGAUGUGUUUGGUGGCUGCGAUGUUGGCCGGCGUCCGUCGCCACCGCUAACCAAUGUGUGUUCGUGCGUAACGCGUCACCGCGCCAUUCACCCGGCAGUUGUGUCCGACACCAUCUGGUGUGUGCUCGAUGUUGGAUCCACCGGUCGGCUGUUGCGCUGUCUGGCUACAUCCAGCUCAGACACCACGGUCCAUGUCGUGAUAUGUAUUAUUCAGACGCCGAUUACGGCGCGUUCGCGGCGGAUCGUUUCAAAACAUCACAGAAUACAUGUGACCCGACCACA